CUAACCUAACCUAAGAGUAAGCAAGCCCUAUCUAUAUGAUAAAGAUAGCAAAAAAAACCUUGAGGGAAAGCUCAAUUGGGACGUAUUCCAACAUCUGUCCAGCUACUGUCAUCCUUCUUGUGUGCGAAGAAGUGGUCGGGAUCUCAGUAUGUGAUGACAACUUGAAUAAACAUCUGGAAGGUUACAGACAGGCUCAAGAAUGAUGACUAGCAAGAUACUCAAGAUCACAACUUAUUUAAAAUUCUAACAAACCCUCAGACUAAUAAUUAGAUAAUAAAAUGAUAAACUCUAAAUGUGGUGUUUUGAACAAUUUAGUGCAAAUUAGGAACUGCUUCUGUCAGACUUACCACAGACUUCUCUUCUACAGUACAUCACCAAAAUAUAAAACAGAUGAUUUAGUCGGAGUUGUUGGUCUUGAAAUUCACGCACAGAUCAAUUCUGUCUCCAAACUGUUUUCGGGUGCAGGGACAGACUUUGCUUCCCCUGUCAACCAUAAUGUGUCGCUUUUUGACGCUUCAAUACCAGGGACAUUGCCAGUGUUGAACAGACGAUGUGUUGAGGCCGGAGUGCUCACUGCGCUCGCUUUGAAAAGCACUCUCAGUCCUGUGUCCAUGUUUGACCGCAAACAUUACUUUUACGCUGACAUGCCUCAAGGAUACCAGAUAACGCAGCAGAGGAUGCCUCUCGCCCGGGGGGGACAGCUGCAGUUCCAAGUGGUCAUACCCGGAAACAAAAAGCCCUCGUACACCCGAACUGCCAGAUUACAUCAGCUGCAGCUUGAGCAGGACUCUGGCAAGUCACUGCACGAUCCUGUGCUAAGCAGGAGCCUGAUAGAUCUGAACAGAGCCGGGGUGCCGCUCAUGGAGCUUGUGUUCGAGCCGGACUUGGUGAACGGAGAUGAGGCCGCAGCACUGGUCAAGGAGCUGACUCUCGUGUUGACCAAACUCAACACCUGUCUGUGUAAGAUGGAAGAGGGUGGCAUGAGAGUGGAUGCCAACAUUUCUGUGCACAAGCCUGGUGCACCGUUGGGAGUGCGCACAGAGGUAAAGAACAUCGGAAGUGUGCGUGCCGUGGCGCGAGCGGUCAAUUAUGAGAUCCAGCGGCAACAAGACGUCCUUCGUAAAGGGGGAAGUGUGGUUAAUGAAACUCGAUCUUGGGAUGCAGAACGCAGCUGUACUGUGCCAAUGAGAGACAAGGAGGAAAAACAGGACUACAGGUUCAUGCCUGAGCCUAAUCUACCUCCACUGAGGCUAGACAUGGACGGCACGUGUAGACAUCCCCACAUGGUCAGUGUGCCUGAGCUGCUGGCUGCCUUGCCUGAGUUGCCUGAACAGACCAGGCUCAGGCUACAAGCAGACUAUCCACUGUCCCCUGAUAUAACUAUGAGGCUAGUGAAUGAACCUGAACUACAGGAGAUGUUUGAGUGUGUGGUAAGAGACAACCCGUCCUGCAGCCAUGUCAUUGCUGCCAACCUUCUCACAAUAGAACUAAUGACUCUAGUCAACAAGGAUCUGUGCUCUUUAGGCUCAGGACGACCAUCAACCAAAGAUAUUGGCGUAUUAACAGAGCUUUUCCAAGACAAAAAGAUUAACCUACAAACAGUUCGAACUGUUCUGGAGAUUCUCGCUGGUGACUCAACGCAAUCUGCAACUGAGAUCAUCACAAAUCAAGAGAUGUGGUUGGUGAGCGACCCUGGCGAGAUCACGAGAAUCUGCGAGGAGGCGAUACAGCGGAAUCCAAAACUGGUCGAGGCAUACAAGAAGGGCAAGACGAAGAUUUUCAGUGCAUUGCUCGGCGACAUUGCCAAGGUCACUAAGAACCGAGCGGACAUGAGCUUGGUGACCAAACAGCUGCAAGAACUGCUCAAGAAAGAGUAAUGUUUUAGUAAAUAAUUUAGUUGUUUC